AUGGCACCAACAACGGCGACGAAGCAGCGGCAGCUAGUACAGUCAUUAGCGGCCAACAAGUCGUUACCGCCGCCGCCGCCACCACCCUGCCGCAGCGGCUCCUUCUCAUCACAAGACGACGAUGUGGUGCGGCAACUGGUGACGGGGCGUUGGCGUUCGUCCCAGUCGUCGGGCCUCCGUGCCGCCCUGGCCUGCACCAUCGUGGCCCUCGUCUCCCUCUACGCACCGGCCGCCCUCCGCCGCCACAUCACCUUCCCGGCCUUCUCCUACGUCGUCACCGUCAUCCUCGUCACGGACGCCACUCUCGGCACGGCCCUGCGCGGCGCCGUGAGCGCGCUCCACGGCACCCUCAUUGGCACCGCGCCCUCCGUGGCGGCGCUGCUGCUCGCGCACCGCACGGGCGCGGCGGAGUCGGUGGUGGCCACGUCGGCCGUGGUGGCGCUGACGGCGUUCGCGGUGGCGCUGCCGGAGUCGGUGGGGCCGGUGGCGAAGCGGAUCGCGCUGGGGCAGGCCAUCAUAAUCUACGUGGCCAGGUUCCAGCAGGGGGAGCGCCCCAGCCGCGGCCUGGCGCUGCUGCACCCGGCCAACGUGGUGGCGUGCACGGCGCUCGGGGUGGCGGCGGCGCUGCUGGCCGUGCUGCUUCCCUGGCCGAGGAUGGCCACACGGGAGGCCAGGGACAAGAGCAGAGCGUACAAGGUGGUUGCCGCCGAGAGGGUCAGGGUCCUGGCUGACGCCUUUAUUGGUGUGGGUGUGGCGGCCGAGGCGUGCAGCCGGCAGCGGCGAUGGCAGAUGGCGUCGUGCAUGUCGGAGGCCAACCGGCUGGCCUCCGCAAGUACAACCCUCCUCAACCGCAUGAACGCCAUCAAGGAGGAUUUGCAGUGGGAGCGAGCGAUGGUGGUGGUGGACGACAACAAGAGCAGCAUCGAGAUGCCCCUGACGGGAAUGCAGAUCGCACUCGCUACGAUGCAACAAGCCGACGGCCGCCACCCUGAUUCUGAUGGGAGGAACAACGACAACAAUAAGGAAAACAUGGUCGUCGGCCUUGUCAUGGCGAUGAGGGACCAAAUACGCCUCGCCCUCCUCACGCCCAACAAGCAGAGGAGAUUUGGAUUAUCCAGCACGGCCACUGCCACGCCCAGCAAGUCCCUCUGCUACUUGCCAACUCCGACCAACUACGACUACCACGAGCGCCAGCAGCUGGCGCCUUUUUUGUUCAUCUUCUCCCUCUAUCAGCUCCAUCGUCGCUGCUGCGGUGCUGGUCCCGAGACGCCAUUGACGGCAGAGGCAGCUGCCAUGCCCAACGCCAAGCAGGUAGCGCUGGCAACAACAACGACGACAGGACAAGAAUUACUAUUAGAGCAAGAAGAAGAACUGGAGCAAGUGGGGCAGGACGAUUCAUCUUCACAAGCAGAGGCAGCCACUGCAACUGCAGGAGAGAAGGCUACGACGAACAAGCACCAGCAGACACGCGGCCCAUCAGCAGGUUGUAUCAGCUGGCGGUGGCCUCGGCGUCGUCGGCUCGUGGCGGCGGCCAAGUGCGGCUUCUCGCUCGGCCUUGCCGUCCUGCUGGGCCUGCUCUUCAGCAACGACCACGGCUUCUGGUCGGGCCUCAUCGUCGCCACCACCAUGACGGCGGAGCGCGAAUCCACCUGGGCUGUGGCCGUGGCGCGCGCCCACGGCACCGCCCUGGGCUCCAUCUACGGCGUGCUGUGCUGCCUGCUCAUGUCGCAGCAGCAGCUCCUGACCAUGGGCCUGCGCUUCGUGGCCCUCCUCCCCUGGAUGGUCCUCGCCACCUUCCUCAAACGCAGCCGCGCCUACGGCCCCGCCGGCGGCGUGGCGGCCGCGCUGUCGGUCGUCAUCAUCAUGGGGCGCCGCUACGACGAGGCUCCCAUGGCCUUCACCAUCGCGCGCCUGGUGGAGACCUUCAUAGGCAUCUCCUGCGCCGUCCUGGCGGACCUUGUGUUCCAGCCCGGAGCCAGGCCGUCGGUGCAGGCCAGGGAGCAGCUCACCCGCUGCAUCGCCGUGCUGGCAGACCGCUGCUGCCUAGUUGCUGAGCCUUCAUCAGAAUUGAAGAGGGUGCAGCAGGAGCUGGUUCUCUUGAGGAAGUACGCCAUGGAGGCCGGCACCGAGCCCACCUACCUGUGGCUGCCGCCCUUCCCAGCGGCCUGCUACGACAAGAUCCAGGGCAGCCUCGGCAGGAUGGUGCAGCUGCUGCAGCUCUACCACCAGGCACGCCGGCACCAGCAGGUGGACGUGGACGAUGACACCAACGCCAACACCAUCCAGCAGCGGCGCUUCAGCAGCCUCGCCUCCAGCUCCCUCAGCCACUGCCUCCAGAUGCUGGAACCACGCAAAGAGGCCGAGGGCCAGGUCGUCGAUCUUGAGGCUGGGACAGCGGCUGGUGGCGUCGGCUGCAGCUGCUGCUACAAGGAUGAUGAGGUGGUGGGCUCCUUCCUAGCAGAGGCACGAGAGGCAAAGCUGCUGCUGCUGAAUGGCGACGACGACGACAGCGUGCAGCAACCAGAGGAGAGAUUGUUGCUAGUGUGCUGCCUGGGCUCCAUUGCCCUGUGCAUGGGAGAGAUCCUCAAGGAGGCCCAGCUGCUGGAGGCGCACAUCCUAGACCUCAACAGCCUGCAGCUCACCACUCACUGA